AUGGCUUACCGCGGGAGUGCAUUUGUACAACAAGAAAUCGCACCAUUUGACUGGAACUACAGAUUUAAUGGAUGUGCUCAAUCUCCAUCUAAUGAGGUGACUGAACAAGAGUACGCCAACCCUUCUGGUCAGCAUUCAAAUGCGUUGUAUGCUGCUGGGCACACGCAGCCUUCAAAUAACACUCCACAGAGCCCACUUAAAAAGCGGGCUGCUUGGGGUAGCGAAGUUGGCGACCUUCAGCCUUGCUGGAAUAUAUGGGGAUCUCCCCCACGACUGCCAGACCCCACCACUUCUAAAGCGAGCAGUCACGUGGCCUCCCUUAGCCCCGCAUCUGUUGAAAUGUCGACCAACCGCAGGGAUGCUAGAGCUCCCUCGCCACCUUUGAACGCAUCUAUACAUGCAGCUGCCUUAAGCACACCGAGCUCUUCUCUGUUAUCGCCUUCUUGUUUUUGGUUUGAGUCAGGUAAUUGCAAAGUUGCUCACUUGGGAGGUUCGUCUGCUCAAUCUGGUACCGUGACCGCAAGCGAUCCCCGCCCUGUGAUGGUCUCUCCCCCACUGUCUCCACAAACAAGCUGGGAUCAAGGCGAAUCGUUGAGUCCCAAUGGUCCAACAUCGAUAAAUCAAGUCCAAACUGCCAAUGCACAUGAAGCUCUCAAAGAGCCGGGUCUUGAAGGCUAUCUUGACGAUCCCGAUCAACAUGGAUCCCUGUACGAUCCAGUCCCAGCUAUACAUGAUCUCGAAGGUGUGAUUGCGCCAAUAUCCACUGCAUUGUACCUUGUGAAGUUCAAGAAUGGCCGCACAGAUGUUUACACAGUUUCGGAAAAAACAGUGUUUCCCAUAACUGUCGGUAGCCUCGUUUUGGUUGACGCUGACCGUGGCAGGGAUAUAGGCAAGGUUUUUGCUGCAAAUAUCCCAAUAGAACAAGCCGCCUAUAUCAAAUGGAAGCAAUUCUACGAACGGCAACAGGUUUUAUCACAGUGUGCUACGAAGGAUGCUGGUGCUGCGCUUUCAGCGUGUAGCCCGAAGCAAAUUUUACGUGCUGCUCAGCCUAAUGAGGCACGGCAGCUCUCUGCAAAACGUGCCGAAGAACAGAGGGCCGUUCGCCAGUGCAACCAAAAGGUUCGUGAUAGAGAGCUGGAUAUGGUUAUUGUUGAUGCAGAGUACCAGUGGGAUCAUCGAAAACUCACCUUUUUUUAUAAAGCUCACAAGCGAGUGGAUUUUCGUGAUCUCGUGAGAGAAUUAUUUCGUAUGUACAAGACACGGAUCUGGAUGUGUGCUGUCCACACGAAUUAG